AGAAUGCAACCAGACUAGUGGUUCCAUGGCUUCGAUAUGAUUAAGUGGUUCUUGGUCUUAGUAUGUGUGUCCGCGGUGGCCGCUAGGCGGUCCCCUAAUGCCGACUACAUCGAUGAGUUAGAAAGCACCAGACAGGGCAGAUACUCCAGCGAUAUUCUUGAAGAUGCCAGGCUUGAUGUACCAGGUCUUUUGGCUAAAUAUGGAUAUCCAUACGAAGUCCAUAAUGUUAUAACUGAAGAUGGAUACAUAUUGGAGAUGCACCGUAUCCCCAUGAGAGAUAGGAACAACAGGCCUAACCCUAACAAACCCAUAGUCUUUCUGAUGCAUGGACUGUUAUCGUCUUCCGCUGAUUUCUUGGUUUUGGGCCCCGGUAAUGCUCUAGGUUACCUUUUAGCCGAAGCGGGUUAUGACGUGUGGCUCGGCAAUGCCAGAGGAAACUUCUACUCACGGCGGCACAGAAGACUUAAUCCUGACAGUAUUAUAAACCAGAACUUCUGGAAAUUCAGUUGGGAUGAGAUUGGCUACUAUGAUAUUGCUGCUUUCGUCGACUACAUUCUACAAAGGACUAAGCAGUCCAAACUUCAUUAUGUAGGGCACUCGCAAGGUGGAACUACCUUUUUGGUACUUAAUUCAUUGAGACCUGAAUACAAUAAGAAAUUUAAAUCAUUCCAAGGUCUCGCUCCAGCUGCUAUUUUCACCAAUAAUGAUCAUCUAGUUUUUUCUGCAUUAGCGCCAUUUGAAAAUAUUAUAGAGACUACUGCUUUUUCCAUGGGAAUUGGCGAGAUUUUCGGUAACAGAGAAUUCAUUACAUGGUUUGCGACUAACUUCUGUCACGAAGGGUCGAUAUUUCAUCCUUUGUGCGGGUAUGCCAUGACUAUUGUCACUGCUUCAGAAAACUUUAAUCAGACUAUGCUGCCUUUGUUCCUGGGUCACGCUCCGGCUGGUGCCUCCAUACGUCAAGUUGCACACUACGGUCAAUGCAUUCGCUUCAACGCCUUCCGUCGCUAUAACUUCAACUUGUUGACCAAUCUCGCUGUCUAUGGCAGGCGCACACCACCAGAAUACGACCUCUCUAAAAUUACUGUUCCAGCCUACAUCCACUACGGAUUGCGUGAUAGAGAGGUCAACUACAAAGAUUUGCACAUUUUGGCUAAAAAACUCGGAAAUACUGUUGGUAUUUUCCGAAUUCCAAGAGAAACUUUCAAUCAUUAUGAUUUCAUUUGGAGCAGUAAGGCUAAAACAGAGUUCUAUGAUUUCCUAAUACGCAAAAUAAGGGAAGCUGAUCGAAUGCAUUGACUGAUUGAACAGACGACAAACUAUGAUAAUGCACAAUAAAUUACUACACGAAUUUUAAUUGAAAUUAUUACAAAAUAA